AUGACUACCACUUCUGGUGUGAAUACCCCUUACGUUUCUGAUAACGAAACUGUCUCGAGCGCCACCACUGCGCCAACCCCUCGCGAUGACUUUAGUGCGGUCAUCGGCAUGGCCUGCCGAGUCCCGGGCGCAUCUUCUCCCUCCAAGCUCUGGGAAAACAUCAUGACCAAGCGUGAUGUGCAGAAGAAGAUGCCCUCUGAUCGCUUUAAUGUCGACGCUUACUACCACCCGGAUGGAACCAACAAGGGAACCACCAAUGCCAAGUACGGUUAUUUCCUUGACCAGGACCUGGGAAUGUUCGAUGCUGGAUUUUUCCACAUCUCCGGCAAGGAGGCUGAGGCCAUGGACCCUCAGCAGCGUCUUUUGCUUGAAGUUGUGUAUGAAGCGCUGGAAAAUGCUGGCAUUACGCUCGACGAAAUCCGUGGAACCCAGACCUCUGUUUACUGCGGCUGUUUCACCAACGACUACAACUCUAUGAUUACUAAGGACUUGGAGUACUAUCCCAAGUACACCGUCACUGGAACUGGUGAUGCCAUUCUCUCUAACCGCAUCUCUUACUUUUAUGAUUUGCACGGCCCUAGUGUGACUAUUGACACUGCUUGUUCUUCCUCCCUUGUUGCUCUGCAUCUUGGAAACCAAUCUCUCCGCAGUGGUGAAUCUGAUUUGUCGAUUAUUGUCGGAUCUGCUCUCCAUUUCGACUCGAACAUCUUUGUCACAAUGACUGAUCUUGGUAUGCUUUCCGUUGAUGGUCGUUGCCGUCAUGGAGACAAGGAUGGUAGCGGUUAUGUUCGUGGCGAGGGUAUCACCGCCGUUGUCUUGAAGAGACAAUCCCGUGCUGAGGUUGAAGGAAACCGAAUCCGCUCCAUCAUCAGAGCAUCUGGUGCAAACCAUGACGGAAAGAAGCAGGGAAUUACCCUCCCAUCGGCUCAGGCCCAGGCGGCCUUGAUUGAAAGAACCUACAAAGAGGCUGGCCUCAGCCCUGCUGAUACUCAGUAUGUCGAAUGCCACGGUACUGGUACCGCUGCUGGUGACCCUCGAGAACUCCGUGCCCUUAGCUCUGUUUUUGCCGCCACUCGUGAAGAGCCUUUGUGGAUUGGCUCAGUUAAGACCAAUAUUGGCCAUCUUGAGGGAGCCUCUGGAUUGGCUGGUAUUAUGAAAGCUACGAUGGCUUUGGAGAUGCACCAGAUCCCACCAAACAUGCACUUCAAUUCUCCUAAUGCUGAAGUCGACUUCAAGGGAUGGAAACUCCGCAUCCCAACCGACCCUGUUGAGUGGACCGUUAAUGAAGGCGUAGCUAGACGAGUCUCCAUUAACAGCUUUGGAUAUGGAGGCACAAACGCCCAUAUCAUUCUGGAAGAAUACAAUCGCCCAGCUCACAACAAGCUUACUCUUCCGGAUAAUUAUGUACAGAUGGUUGAAGGACGUCCAUAUCUCGCCCCGAUUACUUCACAUUCCGAUAAGGCCGGCAAAUUGAUGGCUGAUAAACUUGCUGCUUAUCUGGAGGCCAACCCCAACGUUAGAAUUGCUGAUUUCGCUACUACUCUCAGCAUCGAACGAAGCAUGCAUGACUUCCGUUCUUUUGCUUAUGGAGCAACUAACGAGGCCGUUGUCAGCAGCCUGAAGGAACCUCUCCCAGUCGCUGCUUGGGCUAGUAAGAUGACCUCCACCCCGCGACUUGGCUUUGUUUUCACCGGUCAAGGUGCUCAAUGGUGGGGAAUGGGCCGUCAGCUCAUCGAAAUGAGCCCCCUUUUCCGCCAGUCUUUGGAAAAGUGUGAUGAGAUUCUCCAGGCCCUUCCUGACAAGCCAGACUGGACUGUCGUUGGCGAGCUUCUUCGAUCCCAGGAAGAUUCUCGUUUGAGUGAAACUCGCUUUUCCCAGCCGAUUUGCACAGCUCUCCAACUUGCUUUAAUCAACCUCCUUGCUUCUUGGGGAAUACGCCCAUCUGCUGUUGUUGGCCAUAGCAGUGGUGAGUUGGCUGCUACAUACGCUGCCGGCAUUUUGUCAUUUGCGAAUGCCAUGAUUGCUGCUUAUUACCGCGGUCUUUACAUGGGUAACGCCGCGGCUAGUGCGGACAGUGUUCCUGGUGCUAUGAUGGCCGUUGGUUUGACCGAAGUUGAGGUUACCAACGAACUCAAGCCAUAUGCUGGCCGCAUUGCAGUUGCUGCCAUGAACAGCCCUACCAGCUUCACUGUCUCUGGAGACGAAGACGCCAUCGUGGAACUUCAAGCUAAGCUUUCUGAGCGUAAAGUCUUUGCUCGUCGUCUCCAAGUUGGCCAAGCUUUCCACAGCCAUCAUAUGCUUCCUCUUGCUCCCGGAUACGAGCGUGCAUUGAAGAACCACCCUGGCUUUGCUCCACAACCACCAACUGCCCGCAUGUUCUCUAGUGUUACUGCUCGAGUUGCUGAUUACCAGAGCAUGGGACCAGCUUACUAUGCGGCUAACAUGACGGGUCAAGUUAAAUUUUCUGAUGCUCUAACUGGAAUUGUGCUCAAUGAGGAUGAUGAACAAAAUAUUGAUGUCUUGGUUGAAGUUGGCCCUCACCCUGCUCUCAAGGGACCUUCAAACCAGACUCUCAACUCUCUCAACAUCAAACUUCCAUAUAUUGGUGUUCUCGAUCGAAAGGUUGCCGCAUAUGACAGCAUCCUUAGCGCUGCCGGUCAAUUGUUCGCCAUGGGUUACCCCGUCGAUAUUUCCGCUGUUAACCAGGACAAAUACCUUGAUGCGAACAAUAACCUUGUUGCCGUUGAUAGUGGUGUUAAACUCCUCGAUUUCCCUAGCUAUGCCUGGGAUCACCAAAGAUACUGGUCUGAAACCCGUGUUAUCAAGAGCCAUCGCCUUCGCAAAUUCAGACACCAAAUCCUCGGCGCUCAAAUGCCUGGAUGUCUUGAAGAUCGCCCAAGAUGGCGCAACUAUCUUCGCCUGGCAGAGAUGCCGUGGCUCGUGGAUCACGCAGUUUCAGGCAAAGUUGUUUUCCCUGGUGCUGGAUAUAUUACUAUGGCUAUUGAAGCUGCCAUCCGCCUUGGUAACCCGGAAGACCCAAUUAAAGAAAUCCACCUUCGCGAUAUUGCCAUCAAAUCUGCUCUUAUGGUUAGCAACAGUGACUUGGGUACUGAAGUUUUGCUAGAACUCCGCCCAGCAACUGAAUCGGCAAAGACUGUUUACUCAACCUGGAAGGAAUUCGCUAUCUUCUCCUUUGAUGGAGAUUCGCUCCGAGAACAUUGUACCGGUCUGAUUCAAGUUGAGAUGGGCGAAGAAAAACCUGUCCAUCGCAUUAAGCAGCGCGCUCCUGCUGCAGAGCUUCGAGCCAACAGCAACAGAACCUUGGCCCAUAGCAAAUAUUACCAACGACUUGCCACCAUUGGUCUGCACUAUGGCCCAGCUUUCCAAUGCCUUAGUGGAAAUGUGGAGUGUGGUAAAGGAUUUGCAACUGGUGAAAUUACCUGGGAGCCUAAGAGAGUUUCAACCACAGAUGAUUCUAGUGCCAGUGUCCUCCAUCCUACCUUCCUGGAUUCCUCCCUGCACCCAAUCUUUGCUGCAGUCGAGGGCCUCAUGGGUCACAGUAUCACAGAAUCAUUUAUUCCUACCUUUAUGCGCUCCCUAAAGGUCUCCGGUCUUCUUAACCGCAAGGAGUACAAAUGCGAUGGAUUCAAAGCCAAUGUUGCAGUCGACAGCUGGAUGCAUGGUCCCCGUGUCGCUAUUAGCAACAUUGGCAUUGAGACCAAGGAUGGUCAGCUCCUCGCUGAUAUCGAAGGCCUAGAACUCACCAGUCUUGGAAGUGAUGCUGAUGACCAGCAAAAGCGAACUCUCUUCUUUGGCAUUCAAUGGAAGCCGGCUUUCGAGUUCUUGACACCAGCUCAAGCCCAAAGCCUUAGCAUUCCUGAGAUCGUCGACCUCUAUGUUCACCAGAACCCCAACUUACAGUUCCUUCAUUACUCCGAUUCUCACACCUCUACUUUGGAUAUACUAAACAAGCUAGGUGGCUCCAACGGCGAGAGGCGCAAGUUCGGAAAGCUGACUGUGGUUCCAGUUGGCUCGGCUGAAGAGACAGGCUUUUCGCCACUUGUUGAGCGCUGGACUGGGCUUGUAUCUCUAGAUGCCAUCGUUGACGAGGACAAAUUCGACGUUAUCAUUGUGUCCUCUUCAGCUGAAACGGUUGCAAUCGAGAAACUCAAUGAGAACGGCCUCGUUAUUUCUCAUCCAACUAAGACCCCAACCUCCGACAGCCUCCGUCAGCUGUGGUCUACUUCAGACGUCACGGUCUUGAAGAAUGGCGAAGAGUCUUCAUUCACCCCCGAGACUUUGACAAUUCUUAUGCCAUCCAGCCCAUCUGCCGAGACUGAAGCUCUUGCCCAAAGAAUUGAAUCAUCCACCUCCGCCAAGGUCACGAGAAAGGAGUUCCUCUCCCUUAGAAAUGGUACAAGGAUGGAUGACAAUGUUAUUUCCCUCUACGCCCUUGACGUGAACAUUUUCUAUGAUGAGCCAUCCAAGGCUUUGAAUGAGUUCAAGGCGGUCCAGUCCCUCACCAGUGACGCAAACCGUAACAUUGUCUGGCUCAGUCAGGGUACUUUCAUGGAUUGCCCCUGCCCAGAGCAAGCCAUGUUCCCAGGCCUUGCACGCUCUGUUCGCCACGAGACUGAGGACCUAAGGAUAGCAAUUCUCGACAUCACCAAGUCGGCUAAGGCUGAUCUUUCCGCUAGCCUUGUUUUCCGAAUUCUUAACCCAAGCCUCCAUGAAGAAGAAAUUGCUCUUCGAAAUGGUCAAAUCCACGUCUCCCGUUUGCAUGCUAAUGAUGAGCUGAACUCAAAGAUUGCCGGAGGCUAUAACCACCAGGCUACUAUGCAACCAUUGCACCAGAAGAACAGGCCACUCAAGCUCGUCAUUGGACGACCUGGCCUCUUGGAGACCCUUUCAUUCGCUGAUGAUAUCGAGAUUACUGAUGAGCCUCUUAAAGAUGAUGAGCUCGAAAUUGCAGUUAAGGCUUCUGCUAUUAACUUCCGUGAUAUCGCUCUCAGUAUGGGUAUCAUUGAAGAUUACAAGCUGGGAGACGAGUGUGCCGGUGUUGUGAUACGCAAGGGCUCCAAGGUUUCUGACGAAGAAUUCCAGAUCGGUGAUCGUGUUGUUGCAUUACGCCCUGGUGAAGGUGCCCAUCGAACCAUAGCUCGUAAUCCUGCGUGUUAUUGCGCUAAGAUUGGCUCUUUGACCUUUGCCCAAGCUGCUGCCUUCCCUCUGGUUCUUUCCACUGCCUACUUUUCCCUUAUGGAAGCCGCCAGACUCAAGGAAGGAGAAACUGUUCUCAUUCAUGCUGCCGCCGGAGGUGUUGGACAGAUGGCUAUUCAAGUUGCUCAGUUGGUUGGAGCCAAAAUCAUCGCCACUGUCGGUUCUCAAUCCAAGAGGGACCUUUUGAAGAACACCUAUGGCCUCACGGAUGAGCAAAUCUUUAACUCCCGUGAUGAUUCAUUUGUUGAGGGUGUCCAUCGCCUUACAAAUGGCUGGGGUGUAGAUGUUGUGCUUAAUUCCCUCGCUGGAAAGCUCCUCCAUGCCACAUGGACUUGUCUCGCUCCAUUCGGUCGAUUCAUUGAGAUAGGCAAACGUGAUAUCCACCAGAACAGCAGAAUUGAGAUGGACCCAUUCAGAAAGAAUGCCACUUUUGCCAGUGUUGACUUGGUUACUAUGUUUAACCUUGCAAACAGAUCAAUUGCUACCAAAUUGUUCAAGGAGUGCUGUGAACUAUUCCAGCAAGGAAAGAUUAAGUCCAUUCCAACUGUUGAACUAGAGUAUGCCGAGUCUGAAAAGGCGUUCCGUAUGCUACAGCUCGGAAACGUUGCUGGUAAAGUGGUUCUCGUCCCUGGAGAUGACAAUCAGGUCCUCGUCCAACCAAACACCAACGAAAGCAAGGCAGUUCUCAAGGCAGACAGAACUUACCUCCUCGUCGGUGGUCUUGGUGGUCUGGGACAGAAACUCGCAGAAUGGCUUUACCGUCGAGGAGCCCGCAACCUGGCCUUCCUGUCACGAUCUGGUGCUGAUAAGUCCGAGGCUAAGGCUGUUGUCCAGUGGCUUGAGGACCGACAUGUCAAUGUACAGGUAUUCAAAGCUGAUGUAUCGAACUUUGAUGGAGUCAACAACUGUGUCCAAAACAUCAAAGACAACCUUGCUGGUGUCUUCCAAGCUGCUAUGGUCCUUCAAGAUUCACCCUUCGACAAGAUGUCUUUCGACCAGUGGAGAAUUUGCACCACUCCUAAAGUGUUAGGAACUUAUAACCUUCACAAAGCUACCAUUGACAUCCCUCUAGACUUCUUUGUCUGUUUCUCCUCCCUUUCUGGAGCAGUUGGAACCAAGGGGCAAGGAAACUAUGCCGCUGCCAACUCUUACAUCGAUUCUAUUUGCCGAUACCGACGAGAGCGCGGUCUUCCUGCUACCACUAUGGAUAUCGGUAUGGUUGUUGGUAUUGGUGCUGUGUCUGAAGAUGCUCAGCUUCAGGCUGUUAUGGAGCGAGUGGGAUACGACCCAGUGAACGAAGAGGAACUGUUCCAUCAAAUUGAAACAUCCGUUUCUUGGGACCAGUACAAGACCCUGGAUGGUAAUGGCUUUGAUGCCCACCAAACAAUUACUGGUCUUAAUAUGAGGCGCCCUGAUUACUACUGGACCUCCGGCCCUCGUAUGAAGAAUAUCUACCAGAACCACGACUUUACUUCCUCAGGAAACCUUGGCAAGGCUCAAAAGAGUGUGAUGGCCCUGCUCCGUGCAGCUGAUACCGCUGAUGACAGACUUAACAUUCUAAUUGAGGCAUUCAUCGAAAAGAUUGCUCAGAUUCUAUCUAUUGAUAUUGAAAAUGUGCAGCCUAGCCGCAGUCUUGCUGAUUAUGGCCUCGACAGUAUUGUAGCCAUUGAGAUACGCAAAUGGUUCUUUAAGACUGUUGGUGUUGAACUAGCUCUAUUCGAUGUUCUUGGAAGCUCAAGCAUCCGCGGCUUGGUUGAAAAGGUUUCCGAGGCUGUGGUUUUGGAAGAAGCUGAGGCUGAGGAUACCAGCAAGCAGCAAACCUCAUCACGAGCUGCUCGAUCUUCCAGCACUAGAGAUGCUGGAGAUAAUCCACUUGGUGAAAGAUCGUUCAAGGUCUCACCCGGAGAUGAAGUUCCCAUGUCGACUUUCCAGAGAAGAUUGUGGUUUAUCCAUAACCUGAUUGAAGACAAGUCUUUCUUGAACUUACCCCUCUGCGCCACUAUCAAAGGCAAGCCUGACAUUGAAGUCUUCCGGAUGGCCCUUGAGGAGCUCAAGCGUCGAAAUGACGUUCUCCGCACCGCGUACUUUGAAGGAGAAUCUUUUGCCCAGCAGAUGGUCACUGAUGAUUGCUCAGUGGAGCUCAACUUCCUCGAUUUCACUGAUGCCCAUGACGUUGAAGCUGACAUUGAGGAUUUCAUCGAGGAACAAACUCACGAGCCAUUGGACAUUGAGAACGGAGAGAAUAUUCGAUUCACUCUCAUCCAAACUGGGGAAGAGGAAUUCACGGUUGUCACUAUUGCCCAUCAUAUUUCCUUCGAUCGUGGUAGCAGUGAGUCUCUUCUCGACCAGGUCUGCAGCCUUUACAACUGCCUACGCAAUGGGGAUGAUCUUGAUGGCGUCAAACAACCUGUCGCCUCUUACUCUGAGUUCACUAUGUGGCACAAUGAACGCCUACAGUCCGAGGAGCAACAAAAGGAUGUCGAUUUCUGGAAGGCCAAGUACCACGACCUCCCAGGCCCUACCAAACUGCUCCCAUUCGCCAAGGCAGAACGACCAGAAUCCAAUGAUUACAAGAGAAGUAUACACCAAGGCCUGUUGAAGAAGGGGGCUCACCAGAGAAUGAAGAGAAUCUGUGCACGCCUCGGAAUCACACCUGCACAGUUCCUCAUGGCCGCAUUCAGGGCAUUCAUUUACCGCUACACUGAACAGGAUGACUUGACUAUCCAUAUGAUUGACGGGAACAGACCUCACCCAUCUGUCAGCGAAACUGUCGGAUUCUUCGUCAACGUUAUCCCAGUCAGAUGCUCCACUAAUAACGAUACUGACUUUGAAAGCUUCCUUCGUGAAAUGAGCGGCCUGAUUCUCGAGUCUCUAUCUCACUCCAAUGUUCCAUUCGAUUUGAUUGUUGAUGCUGUUGGUGUUCCAAGAAACCCUGCAUACUUCCCGCUUGGUCAGGUCGUUGUGAACUACCAGAUGCAUGGAAAGAUCCCAACAUACGCUACUGAUGAUUUCAACAUGAUCGAUAUCCGAGGAAAGGAUGUUCCUACUGCUAGUGAAAUGCAGCUCGAGGCAACUGAAGACCCUGAGGAAGGACUCAAGCUUUCUCUGGAGUUCUCUAGCACCCUGUACGGAAACCCUGAAAUGGAACGUUUCUUGGACAAUUUUAUCGCCUUUAUGAACAGUGCCAUUCGCGACCACCGCCAGCCAAUUACUGAAAUAUCCAUGGUUGGCCCAAAGGAGCUUACUCACUUAAAGAACAACUUCUUCGCUAUGGCUUUGACUGAAAACACUUGGGAGAAUCAGUCUGUUGCCGGCCGUAUCCUCGACAUUGCCCGCCAAUCUCCCAAUGAUGUGGCCAUCGAGACCUCCAAUGGGAGCAGCGUUAGCUACAAGACCCUUGUUGAAAAGGCACAGAAGAUUGCUGCCGCCAUUGAAUCCAAGGGGGUCGAUGCCGGAUCUAAAAUCGGAAUCUUCUCUAAUCCCGGUGUGAAUGCAAUUUCUGCAAUGGUUGGGGCUCUCUUUGCCCGCUGCGGUUAUGUUGCGCUUGACCCCAGCUUUGCCACAGAGCGUCUCUCUUUCAUGGCCAACGACUCCGGAAUGAAGCUCCUUCUCGCUGAAAAGGAGCUUGAGGCCAGAGCUAAGGAGAUAACCGGUAAAGCUGCUACUCCUUUGGAGUCUGUUGUUAUUGAAACCAUCUCGGAACCAUCGCAGCCUAUUCAAGGGCCACACAAGACUGCGAACAACGACCCCUUCUACAUGAUCUAUACCUCGGGAAGCACAGGCACCCCAAAAGGUGUAGUCUUGAGUCAGUCAAACACCCAACAGAUGCUCAGCACUCUGCAUCACGACUAUAAAUUUACCGCCAAAGACCGUUUCCUUCAUCAUUCUUCCAUUUGUUUUGAUUUAUCUAUUGUUCAAAUAUUUUCUGCACUUACCUGCGGCGCCCGCGUCUGCGUUGCCACUGCCGCAACUCGAAAGGACCCUGUUGCUCUCGCCAAAUAUAUGGAGUCCUCCCAGGUUACCGUUACUUAUUUCACACCAACCCAGUUCGCCCUUCUUAUUGAAAACGCAAAGCCAAAUCUUCAGAAUAUUCGCAAGUAUCGAAUUGCUUACUUCGCCGGCGAAAGAUUGCCAGUCCGUGUGGCAAGGGCAUUUUACGACCUUGGAACCCCAGCCGUUGUCCUGAACACCUGGAGCCCUAGCGAGCUUGUGGUACAAACUACAAUCCAACAUGUUGAAUAUCCUAGCGAAGAUGAAGUCAGCAUUCCAAUCGGAUUCCCCAUGGCAAAUACCAGGCACUACAUCCUUGACAAGAACUGCCAACCACUCCCUGCAGGAUUCAUUGGUGAGAUUGUUGUUGGAGGUGCUCAAGUUGGCCUCGGUUACCUUAACCGACCAGAGGCAAACAGGGACUCAUUCGUGGCCGACCCUUUCUGCUCUGAAGAAGACCGUCAAAUUGGCUGGACAAGAAUGUUCCGAAGUGGUGAUAAAGGCCGAUUCCGCCCAGACGGAAGCUUGGAGUUCCACGGCCGUAUUGCAGGCGACAAGCAAAUUAAGCUUCGAGGCUUCCGUAUCGAUCUUGGUGAAGUCGAGCAGAGACUAUUUGUGGAGUCCAAGGAUGAAACUGGAGAACCACAGAUUGUCGAUAUUUCAGUCGUUGCUCGCUCGCCCACCGCGGCUGACCCUCAAGAUAUCACCGACAAUCGCCAACUUGUUGCAUUUGUUGUUACCAAGAAACCGUUCGCCGACCAAAAGAGCAAACAAGCGUUCGCCUUUGACCUGAACAACAAGGCAGGGCGUCACCUCAACAACUACAUGCUUCCAAAUGGUUAUCAAUUCCUGGAAUCUCUCCCUGUCACUAUUGGUGGAAAGGUUGAUCGUCAACGUCUUCUCAACUGCGAUCUUUCCCUCACCUUCCCUACAGCAGCGUCUGAAACUAUUGAACCUCAGGCAUCCACUUCCAACGAUAGACCCGACGAAAAAAUUAUCCGGGCUGUCUUGCAAGGGUUUCAGGAAGUCCUGAAGCUUCCCGAGGGUCAAGAGAUCGGACUCAAUGACAGUUUCUUUGAAAUUGGCGGUCAGAGCAUCCUCAUGCUCAGGCUGCAGGCCAAACUAAAGCGCUCACUCAAAGUCACUCCAACCCUGGCAAUGAUGUUUGAAAAGCCGACUCCGAUGGGCAUCGCUCAUGCCAUCUGGAGCAAGUCCAAGGAUGGCUCUGACGGAGAAAUUGACUGGGAGAAGGAAACUGAGUUGGUGGACACCCCUCAGUAUACCUUGGACCAAAGCCUGCCUGAUAUCGCUCCAUCACAAAUCACCGAUGUUCUUCUUACCGGUGUCGAAUCCUUCCACGGCAUCCACAUGCUGGCCACUUUACUGAGAGAAAGCCCACAGCUGACGAUCCAUGUUCUUGGCCUCGAAGAGCCAAUGACCUCUGAUGAUGUCUUCAAGGUCAUGGACCAGUGGGAUUUGUUGCAGUUUUUCCCUGACCGGGAUGCAGUUACUUCCCGCAUCCGAUGUGUCCCUGGUGCCAUGGCCAACCCGUGCCUCGGUCUAUCAACACCCGAUUUCAAGGAGCUGGGUCAAACAAUCCAGGCCAUCUACAACUUUGCCUCUCAUGUUUCUCUUCUUCAGUCCUACGAUGACCUUCGCGGCUUCAACGUCGAGCCCAUCCGUGAAAUCAUCGAACUUGCCACACUUGGCCGCGUCAAGACUCACAUACACCACCUCUCGACCUGGUCGGUAGUGCACAUCCAAUCAUGGCAGACAACAAUCCGCAAGCGAAGGGGUCGCCCAGUUACCCAGGAGACUAGCGCCAGCCACUUCAUGCCCGAGGGAACCAGCCGCUUCGGCUACUUUAAAUCGCGCUGGGCGUCCGAAAUGCUGAUCGAGAAAGCUGCUUCUCGAGGCAUUCCCUGCACCAUCUACCGUGCCUCUGCCAUCACUGCUAGCACCGAGACUGGAGGAAUCGAACCCGACGACAGCUUCGCCCGACGCAUGGUUCUGGGCAUCGUCGAGUCCAACGGGAUCCCCAAGAUCGGCCAACGCGGCCUCGAGUUCGUGAUUGACUUCAUCCCCAUCGACUACAUGACCAGGUGUGUGCGUGCGCUCUCGCUGUCUGACGGACUGAGCCGUCAAGAGAACGUCGCUACGAUCCACCACAUCACGAACCCGGACCCGGUCAAGACGCCCUUGCUGGUGGAUAUGAUGGCAGAAAUCAAGUCUGAGCCCGGUGUGAAGGCAGAGAUCCUGAGCAAGGACGACUGGCUCGACGGGAUGCAGCGUAUCGACAACGAGCCCGGCGCGGAGAUUCGGUGGACGGUGCUCAAGAGCUACUUUGAGGUCGGCCACAACAUGUUUGCACUUGACCAGCGAAAGACCAAGGCGAUACUCAAGGACCUGGGAGUCGAGCCAUGCUUCAGCAUCGGGGUCGACGUCCUCAAGGCCGUGUACGAGAAGGAGAAGAUGGCCAGGUCUCCCAAAGCCUAG